CAGUGAUUCCCAGGGGGCUUAGGGACGUGCGGCCAGCCAGGAAACAGAAACCCCCGCGCUUGGCCUCAUGGGAGUUGUAGUGCGAAUCUAGUCAGCUGGAACCAUGGCGGUGACCAAGGAGCUCUUACAGUUGGACUUGUACGCGCUGCUAGGCAUUGAGGAGCAGGCGGCGGACAAAGAGAGUUCUUUCCAUGACCUACACUCCAGGAGCAAUCAAGGUAACAGUGAAGGUCUGUGGGCCCCAGAGAGCCUCCCUGCUUCAUCAGAGACACAGGUGAAGAAGGCAUACAGGCAGAAGGCCCUCUCCUGCCACCCAGACAAAAAUCCAGAUAAUCCCCGAGCAGCUGAACUCUUCCACCAGCUGUCUCAGGCCUUGGAAGUGCUGACCGAUGCUGCAGCCAGGGCCGCGUAUGACAAAGUCAGGAAAGCCAAGAAGCAGGCAGCAGCGAGGACCCAGAAACUUGAUGAGAAAAGGAAAAGAGUGAAGCUUGACCUGGAGGCCCGGGAGCGGCAGGCACAGGCCCAGGGGAGUGAGGAGGAGGAGGACAGCCGGAGCACCAGGACGCUGGAGCAGGAGAUUGCACGCCUACGAGAAGAGGGUUCCCGGCAGCUGGAGGAGCAGCAGAGGCUGAUCCGGGAGCAGAUACGCCAGGACCGCGAGCAGAGGCUAAGAGGAAAGGUGAGAAAUACCGAAGGCAAAGGAACUCCCAAACUAAAGCUAAAAUGGAAGUGCGAGAAGGAGGAUGAGUCCCAAGGUGGCUACUCCAGAGAUGUCCUCCUGCGGCUUUUACAGAAGUAUGGUGAGGUUCUCAACCUGGUGCUCUCCAGUAAAAAGGCAGGCACUGCCGUGGUGGAGUUUUCGACUGUCAAAGCUGCGGAGCUGGCUGUCCAGAAUGAAGUGGGCCUGGUGGAUAACCCUCUGAAGAUUUCCUGGUUGGAGGGACAGCCCCAGGGCAUGGCAGGCCCCAGCCACCCGGAACUGUCAAAGGGCUCAGUGCUGUCAGAGAGGGACUAUGAGAGCCUCGUCAUGAUGCGCAUGCGCCAGGUGGCUGAGCGCCAACAGCUGAUUGCCCAGAUGCAGCAAGAGGACGAGGGGCAACCUGCAUAGCCUCAGGCUCCCACUCUCCCCCUCACAGCCUUUUUCUUAACCAGUUCCAAUAAACUUCUUUUU